ACUCUAAUUUAGGCGAGUUUAAUUCCGUGAUCUGAUUCUUUUAGAUUUUCUUGAGUUAAAAUGGGUGUUUCUCUAAAUGAUCGCAGUUGAUCGCCUCUGAAAAAUGUAUGCUGCUGGUUUGUAAUUGUGCACGGAGGUGACUGCUUAUGAACUUCUUGAGGUUUGACUGUUUGACAGCUUCUAUGAUAGGUACGAAAACAUAGAAGCCAUCUUAUAUUCCAUCUUCACCUAUGUUUGGAAGUCCUGUAGCAGUUCCUUCUUACAGUCCUCAUCUACGGCGUUCUGGUAGCAGGCCUGUUUUCUUAGACCUAGGAUCAAGCGAACUGGGAAAGAGCACUGAGGAGCAUUAUCAACAUCAGCUAGAACUGAAUGAAAUGAAGAGUGGAAGUUCACCAUUGCAUGCUACUGCUAUAAUGCCAUCCCCAAUUUUCUUAUGGAGAUUCAAGGUGCUCCUGUUUCUUAUCUGGGGCUUCGGGUGUUGCAAGAUUGGUUGGGACUCUGUCAUGAGAAUGAGUGCUGAUUUGCGGGAUCUAUUUCUGUAUGAGGCCUUUUUGUAUUAUAAUCCUCUUCUUCUUGUGACAUUGAUGGUGUGGCUUUGGGGAGUGAAUUUAUGGGUGUUUGCUCAGUCUACUAUCAAUUAUACUAAAAUAUUUGAUCUUGACCAGGAUCAUCUUUCUCAUAGAGAAAUAUGGAAGUGUGCUACUUGGAUGACAAUCAUUGUGCCAACAAGCAUGACAGCAUACCUUUAUCUUUACUCUCAUGGAGAAGUGUCUUUGGCAGCGUCACAACCAGUACUCUUGUAUGCAGCUGUCAUGAUGAUUCUCAUAUUUCCUUUUGAAAUUUUUUAUCUAUCAUCACGCUAUUUCUUUUUAAGGACUCUUUGGCGGAUAAUACUUCCAUUGCAGGCGAUAACAUUUUCCGACUUUUUCUUGGCUGAUAUCCUAACAUCCAUGGCCAAGGUACUUUCCGAUUUAGAGCGUUCUGUCUGCCGAAUGGUCAAUCGACAGGUUGCCACAAUUGCAUGGUUUGAAGCUGACUCUGUAUGUGGCAGUCACUCCAUCACAAUCCCUUUAGUGCUUGUUUUCCCUUAUAUGUGCCGUUUUUUCCAAUGUCUUCGGCAAUACAAGGAUACUAAGGAAAAAACAGCCCUUUUGAAUGCUUUAAAAUAUUCGACGGCAGUACCUGUGAUUUUUCUUUCAGCUCUUAAAUAUCAUGUCUUCCCUGAUAGAUGGACUAACAUUUAUCGCCCCCUAUGGCUUCUCUCAAGUGUCAUUAACUCAUUAUAUUCAUUUUACUGGGAUGUGACCCGGGAUUGGGACCUGAGUGGUUUCUCUCGGAUUUUCAAGUUUAGCAAGCCACAUAUCUGCUCAAGUCUGUUAUAUGGACGUUCAUGGAUUUACUUUUGGGCUAUUGGAAGCAAUUUGAUUCUCCGUUGUACCUGGACAUACAAGCUCUCUGCUCAUCUCCGCCAUAAUUACAUGACUGUAUUCACAAUCAUGGCCUUGGAGAUUCUUCGUCGUUUCCAAUGGAUCUUUUUCCGUGUAGAGAAUGAGUGGAAUAAGAUGAUGAUGAAGACAAACAUGGAACUCUCAAUGAGUGAUAUCCCAAAGGAGGAAGAAAAAUUACUUGGCUCCACUAACCACACUGUAUAAACAAACCUCACGGCUAUUGUGCCCCAGAGUAGCAUCAUAUUAAAUUCAUUUUUGUUACUGACUCAAUAUUUUGGCCAUUUUGAUUGCCAAUUUCAAUUGAAUCUUCAAAAUUUUAUUAUU